CGCGCUCGAGAAUCAGUUGCUUUUCGGCGUUCGGCACUUGAACAGCUCUUUGGCCUUUACUCAAACACCGGCUUACUGGAAAGGGAUUGCUUGAAAGUGAUUGCUCAAGUCUUUGGAUCUUGGAUCUCUAGAAGGCCGGCAGGUUUUCGCGAACGGUUUCGUUCUACUUUGGGCGCCGCGCUCGCUUUCGUGGGUUCAAAUCUCGGUGAAACUACAAAACACCAAGCGACUCCAGUGGUCGUAGUGCUACAAAUUCUGUGUUUCGUUGCAAAGAAUCCUUCCUCUGGUGGAAUUUUGUGGGUGAAGAGAGUGUGUUGGAACAGGUUGCGGAUAGCCUUGGGGAUUGUAGUGAAGGAAGAAGUGCUGUAGAUUUUUGUAUCUUGAAGUUCAGUGAAGUCACGGUGAUACAAAAAACGAAAUUUUCGAAUUUCCGUUUUGAAGCCCUUGGAGUGAUUGUGAAGAUAACUAAAGUGUGAAAAAUCGUUGGAGAUUUAAAAAGGUUUGCAGAUUCCCAGACCCAGACGCGGGCGCAGACAGAGAAAUUCACGAACCCAAAUUCGUUGAUUGUGCGGUUUCUUUCGGCGCUUCACCGUGCGACCUGAAAGAGAUAGAGGGGCGGCUGCCUGUGUUUCGAAGAAAGCAAAACAAAAGCCUGUACCGAAGGUCCAUAGGAAUUCGUGAAGACAACGACCGACUCUUACUCUCUUCAUAAAAUCGCGGUGUAUUAUCCAAUUACUCCUCCACAAAACGCACGAAUCUAGAAUUGUACCGCCAUCACUCAGCUGGUGUUGUUAUCUCUGCAAAUUCAUCUGGACCGCUGCUGCUGGAGACUAUCUCUAUGUACAUCUGCCGAAGAUAGGAGCGAGAAAUAUACAGCGAAAGGUAGCGCGCCGGUCGUCACCGGGUCGUAAUUGGUGUUUCUCUUUUGUUUCCCGAUUCGGGAGUUUUGUUUGAACAGUUCGUGUCCGCGGUUUGGCUACAUUUCGGGCCGCUCAUCUGUCUUAGGUACGUGGUUCUGUAGAACUUUCAAAUCGUUUGGUAGAGAGCACAAAAGAAGAAACAAAAGUUCAGUAGUGGUGAAUCAACGGAUUCUUUGGUUAGCGCCAGCCGAGAGGAAACGACGACGGGGCCGAAGUGAUAACCAGAGUGGAAGAUAUUGAGCAAGAUACUCCACCAUCCAGAGCAAUAAAUUCCAAACUUAAGAUCCCAUCCACGCACUGAACCAUCAAUAGCGCACGCAGCAAGUUUUUAAACCGCCAAGAAACACACAGGUCUCAGCCACAACGAAUCGCCUUGCAGUCUACACUCGCAAACACCGUUUUUCCUCACCAUACCAACCGUUUCCUCAAACCACUGAGCUGGUGGUGUUCAAAACGGAUCAACAAACCUAUCUAUGCUCGGUAUAGCGAACGACGACUCAAUCGGAAUCAAUUAGGUUCGUCGCUGUGUUGUGUUUGCUGAAUCGAAUACCACUGCCCCCGAGGGAAGGAGAGCAUUUUAAUUAAAACUUUCUGCAUAUCGACGACUGAGGGGCAAUCCGAUGCAGUCCUAGAGAAUUUAAUCGAAAUCAAGGGACAAGAAGAAACUGCGGUGUAGAUUGGAUGGUGUAGUAGAGUUUCCAUCGGUUUCAUCGAUUAGUUCGAUGUAAUAUAAACUGCAUUUAUUUUUUGAAUCAACCAUUCAAUCUAAACACGAGCACUCCGAUCAGGAAGAUUAAAACCAUAGCAAUGAUGAGCAGUCGAACAAUAGCAAUGGCAGCAGCCUGUCUUCUGACGGUGCUUUUUGCCGUCACAUCAACCCAAGCACAACAUGACUCGGAGCAGCAGCAACAACAGCAACUGGAGCAAUACGACUCAAACACAUCGCCACAACACAACAACGGAGAACACAUUUCCGGUCACCGGUUCAAACGGAUGUACGCCAUGUGCCCGCCGGAAUUCUCCCGCAUCGGCAACGAGUGCUACUACAUUUCUCGGGACAAACAAAACUAUCUGGAUGCGCACUUUGAGUGCAAAGUUCGCAACAGCAAGCUGGCCGAACCGAUGAAGUACGACGACAAAAGCCUACGGAAGUAUCUACUGAAACUGAAGGAGAAGAACUAUAUUUGGAUUGGCGGCAAUUACAACUGGAAAGCGAACAAGUGGCAGUGGGGUUACAGCGGAAAGGACAUCGGCUAUCAGUCCUUCAGUCAGAUGAUUCCAGGGAGCAGCCAGGAUCUGAGAUUCCACUGUGCAGUGCUUAACCCUGACCUCAAAUACAGAUGGUCAGCCAAGCUAUGCACAGAAAAGUUAAAUUUCAUCUGCCAGCACAAGAUGCCGCUCGUUAGCAGCCUCAGCCGCGCCAAGGUCUACACCCGGUGGAACGAAACCUUCCCGAACGAGUUGGCCAACGAGGUGGAAGUGGUCGUGGCCGAUCAACCGCGCAUCGGUAACCUGAAGGACAGGGACUACUACAGAACUCAGGACAGCCCUAAGCUAAAUCUAACCAGGUUGAACAGGAAUUGGAAAAAGAUCAACCGAACUCAUCGUAUCAAAAGUUUCCGCAAUCGCAACCGUGCUCAGGCUAGAAAUGAAUAUAUUAGCAAUGAUAUCAUCCGUCGUCCAGUUGUAGAAUACGCUUCGGAUAAUUCGUACAACUCCAUCAACGGUAACGGUAAUGGCAAUGGAAACGGAUAUCGCAACGGAAACGGCGCAUUCAAUCGCGGUUUCAACGUGGACAUUCAUCGUCAGAAGCCCCAUAAAGAUCGCAUGUCGAACGAAGUGAACGGUGAAUUCAGACAUCAUCGUCAUCGUCGUCCGUCGACAGAAGCUACUCCUACGACAAUUACAACCACUACUACAACUACCACGACCACUUCGGCACCGGAAACUCUUCCAACGGAAGCUCUACAGGUAGUCACCGAAAACCAUCGACCUCCGAAGGCAGAUAGGAAGUCUCGUCGCGAUCAAAUCCGAGAGCGGCUAUCACGACUCACACCCGAAGAACGAGAGCAAUUCUACACGAAACGUGCUUCGACCACCGAAAAAUAUCUCAACAAAGCCCAACUGUUGUCGCACGAAGAGAAGAAGGCUCGUCGGAACAAUCUCCGGGAACGACUAGCACGAUUGACGCCCGAAGAACGUGAAAUGUACUUCACCGAGCGUGCCAAACGAAAACAGUCCAAGAAGCUGCGGACCACAAACGAAACCAUUCCGUAAAAACGCUGCUUAGCAGAGUGCCAAAUCCGUAUCAUUGUGAACGGAAGGAAGCGAUAAAAUAUUGCCUCAACAACAAACAGUCCUUCUUCCCACGGCGAGAGGGAGAUGGCAGUCAAAAUUUGGGGAUCCAAUCCCCAAACCUAUCUCUCGACAACUCCACUCAAGAUUGAACAAUCUACUGGAAUGAAGAUAAAACUUUAAAUAUAUAUAAAAUGUAAUGCGGUUCCUAAGUCUGUCUCUGUACACUGUCCUAUCAGAUAAUCUAACCAUUUCUGGUAAAAAAAGAACAUAUCCUUCCUUCUUCUACUACAAUACUAGACUUAAGAAUUACAAACUUUUGAACUAUUUCUAUUGAACGCUUCUGUAAUGCCAUUAAUUUAAUGUUCGCUUCUGAACGAGAUACCUUUUAUGCAUAAGAAGAGAAGAAAUACCUACUUGACAAUUACCUUCGAAUCCAAAUGAACGAACUUUUUUGUUUUAUUUCCAUUUAGCUAAUACAUUAUUACUAAAAAAAUAUUUUGUAACAAAUGAAAAAUCUAAAAAAAAACAAAACAAUGUCAACCAACAGUCAUUAUUUGUUAAGUUCAGAGAUAAUAUAUCAACUGAAAUGAAAUAAGAACCAACAUUAGAAGAAAAAAGUUUGUAAAUUAACGGCACCAUCAGUAGAAUCAAAGAAGAAACAAUCCCGUUACAAUUUAGUGAUCUAUCAAGAGCACAUCCCAAUCAGCUACCGAAAUCUACUUCAUCGGCCACACCAUCAAAAUAGUGCACCAAACCCAGUGAGAUCAAGUGCAAAAUUUUCAUUCAAUUAAAAAAAGAAAAACUCAAGAACAUUAACAAUUUGCCAUAUUAACAUUAAGUUUUAAACUAAAUAUAUGCGCAAACAAGAGCCGAGACGAAAAGUCUCACUGUUAAUAUCGAAAACAUGGCUAGAUUACCUUUUGUGGAAACAAUUCUCUCAAUCCUCUAGUGUAGAAUCGUUAGUCAUAGGAAACUUGUUACAAAACCAACAGCACGAAGAAAACGCGAAGAUGCAAAGUGACAUCGGAUAGAAGCGGAAGAAGGUGAUGCACAAACAUACAACGACAUCUGUUGGCAGCAGUAUUUUUAGGUUUCGUAUUUUAUUUUUUGGUCUGAAUAGAAAAGCAACAAAUAGCAGCAUUAAAUUGAUACAAACGUGAUAAAUGGAUGAAAUGGAUGGCGAUGAUCGAACCACGAGAUGCCGGUCGAAGAGAGAAAAACCAGAAACAAAAUUGGGAUCGGAUUGAGAUUGCAAAUAAAAUUCUUAAGAUAGCAAG